UUUUCAGCCUAUUCUGCAUUCUCAUGUCUCUUUUUCAUUUUUUGGUUAAUUUUGCAUUCUCAUAUUCAUCUAAAUCUUCAUCUUCAUCGUCACAGUCACACACGCACACACACACACAGAGUCGCAUAGUUCGCUUCCAGCUUAUUGCAUUUUGCAGCCUGCAUAAUAAAAUACUAUGUCAAUCCUGCACAUGUCUCUCUCCCCACAAUCUCUCUCAUUAGCAAGAACCCUGUCAGGCACCCCAAUACCAGCCCAAUCACCAUCCCUCACCAUCACCACAAGACUUUUCCAUCUCUCCCUCACUACUCCCACCUCCAUCCCCCUGAGAACGACGCCGAUUCGGAUGGGCGGUGGCCCCCGGACCUAUCCCGGAGGGGUCUCCAAAUGGCAGUGGAAAAGAAUGCAGGCUAAGAAAGCAAAACAGCUGCUCAAGGCCCGUCUCGCUAGAGAACGUCAAAUAUACGAAAUGAGGAAAAGAGCCGAGCUCAAGGCCGCCAUUUCCGAACUUGAACGCCCAUGGGAGACUGUUGAAAAGCCGCCAAAUUUGUUCUCCGUCAGUGCUGAUGAGCAGUUGAAGGUGUUGGCUGAUCGGUUUCAGAAGCCCGGUGGCCUUGACUUGUGGUCUGAUAGGGACGGCCCGGAAUUGUUCAGGCCGGGUAAUGGUUUGCCCUCUUCUAGGUUUUUCCCGAAAGGGGUUGUUCAUAGCUCUAAACCGUACGGAAAAUUAGAAAAAAUAACUACUACGUCUGAAGAAUUUGAGAGUUCCGAAAUCGAAGAAGAUUCCGGUCCAAACCCAAUUCGUGAAAGCGUUGGGAAAAUCGGUGCACGUAGAAAAGGGUAUAGUAAGAAUUCGAUGAGCAGUUCUGGUGGUUCAGAUAAAGGAGGAAAUGUGAGUGAUUUCAAGUCCAGAAGCUUGGUGGGCGUCGCAGAAGACCGUGAAAGUGGGGAUUUUAAGGGAAAGGUCAGAAAGAAGGGAAGUACGAGAACUUAUUUGAGUGAUUCAGAAGGAAUGAAUUCUGGGGAUGUAGGAUUUGGUAGUAGGAAUGCUGGGAGAAACAGCAGGCUAGCUGGCACUGCCAGAGAAUUUUGGAGGAGCAAAAGUGAUGCCGAGGAAGAAAAUAUGAAUUCAGAAGUUUUUUAUAUGAGUUUGCAAAAUGAUGGGAGCUAUGGAUUUGAAUUGGAGAACUGAGGAUGCAAUAUGUUCUGCCUACAAGUGAAGUUGAACUUAUGGUUUGAGCUUCCACAUGAUGUUAUAUUGAACCAUCGUGCAAAAAAUAUAAUCUUAUGAUCGGAAAUAUUCAGGUUGAUGGCAUUUCUCUUGGCUUUUUAGUGUUAGCUAGAGUGGAAAGCUGAACCUUUUGGAACAUAGGCAGGUAUCUCUUAACCAUUUUCUUCGCUCUAUUAAGCAGAUAUGUGUAUUGCUGUCGCUCUGGCAUGUGUGAAUUGUAUAUUGUAAGUGAUGUGGAUAAAAUGUGUGCAGAAGAUAUGUAGUGGGACAUUUCAUGGUCAAUGCAUUCCAUUGCGACUUACAAUCAA